CCUGCGGGAGCGCGUCCCCGACGCCCUACAUAUACUCAGGUGCGCCGCACCUGUUCGCCCGCACCUGCCGACUCACCGCUCCGCUCUCUGCCGUGCACCGCAGCCUGGGGCCCGGGGGCCCGCAUACUUUUUGGGGACCACGCCCUAGCGGCCCCUCCACUUCUUUGGGUAGUCUCUGCGCACGCCGGAGGGAACCGCCUGGCCUUCGGGGGCCCCUUUUGUCUGGAACCAGUCCUUCGGGCGAAGCCGGUUCCCUUUGCUAUUUUGUUUUUACUGUAGGGUCGCCCUCCAGGUGCGUCCCAUCUUUUCUGAGACGGAAAUGGCCAAUUCGGGCCUGCAACUGUUGGGCUUUUCAAUGGCCAUGCUUGGCUGGGUGGGCCUGAUAGCGAGCACUGCCAUUCCUCAGUGGCAGAUGAGCUCGUAUGCGGGAGACAACAUCAUCACAGCCCAGGCCAUGUACAAGGGGCUCUGGAUGGAGUGCGUCACGCAGAGUACCGGCAUGAUGAGCUGCAAAUCGUACGACUCGGUGCUCGCCUUGCCAGCGGCUCUGCAGGCCACUCGAGCCCUAAUGGUGGUGUCCCUGGUGUUGGGCUUCCUGGCCAUGUUUGUCGCCACGAUGGGCAUGAAGUGUACGAGCUGUGGGGGUGAUGACAAAGUGAAGAAGGCUCGUAUAGCUAUGACUGGUGGAAUUGUUUUCAUCGUGGCAGGCCUUGCUGCUUUGGUAGCAUGUUCCUGGAUUGGUCAUCAGAUUGUCACAGACUUUUAUAACCCCUUGACACCCAUGAAUAUUAAGUAUGAGUUUGGCCCUGCCAUCUUUAUAGGCUGGGCAGGGUCUGCUCUGGUUCUCCUGGGAGGUGCCCUGCUCUCUUGCUCCUGUCCGGGCAGUGAAAACAAAGCUGUAUACCGUGCACCCCGCUCCUACCCUAAGUCGAAUUCUGCCAAGGAAUAUGUGUGAGCUGGGGUGCUCAGCCUGGGGGCAAGGUGUGGGACAAAGGCCUCCUGGUCAUUAUCCCUGAACACGAUGUACAGUC